AUGAUGGAGGCUGAGCCAGCGCCAGACCUCUCCAUGAUGCUGCUGCGAGAAUUGCUGGCGCCAUCAUGUCUGGACCCCGAGCCGCUCCCCGGACCCCCCGCCCAACAGGCGCCAAGAACCCCAAGAUGCCUCAGACCCAGUAGCAGUUCCUUCUGGCCUGCUCGUCAGGACUCCGUCACCAACCUGCACUUCCUCCGAGAGACAGCCGAGGGGCUGGCCCAGCCCCCUGCCCAAGACACCCAGGCCCUGGCCCCCAGCUGGGAGCUGAAGGCCCUGGGGGGUGUGGAACCUCCACCUCUGGCCAGGGAUCCCAGGGCCAUGCUGACCCCAAUUAGUCAGCGAGGAGGCAGCCUGGGGCCUCCUGAGAUUUCCCCAGCCCCUUCGGCUCCACCUCAGAGGAGACCUCGGAAGCAGUCAAACCCGCACCAGGGCGCCGAGAAAGUGGACCCUGGGUUCGAGGGAGUGACCCUGACGUUUCAGAUAAAGCCGGAUUCCAGCCUUCAGAUCAUACACAGCUACAGCCUGGCCAGCAGCAGCCGCUCUCAGGCUCCCCCUACAGGCCCCGAGGCCAACCCAGGAGGCAGCGAGGCCCUGGGGGCCAGGCGCUGUGCUUCUUGUAGGACCCAGAGAACCCCACUCUGGAGAGAUGCCGAAGAUGGGACACCUCUCUGCAAUGCCUGUGGUAUCAGGUACAAGAAGUAUGGCACCCGGUGCUCCAGCUGCUGGCUGGUGCCCAGGAAAAAUGUGCAGCCCAAGAAGUUAUGUGGCAGAUGCGGGAUGUUCCUGGGCCCCAACCAAGGCCCACCCCAGGAAGGGUAAGGCCUUCCUCACCCAGCCAGGCCUGUCCUGCCUC